CAACCACCAUUGGGACACGUCAACAAAAUUCGAAUGAUCCAAAAAUAAGAGUUUUUUUGGGAAAAAAAGAAAAAAAGAAAAAAAGAAAAAGAAAUAUAUGAUUAUGAGGAGGAGAGAAACAAACAGGUUUUUGUUAUAGUUGUUUGCUUGCAGAUUGCAAUGGGUGGCAAAAAGUCGGCCAUUGCAACACUACCGCACAAAUUCAAACCCUAAAAUUAUUUUUUUUUUGAAGGGGUUUUUGAAUUAUCCCUGAAAUUUCAGAAAAGAAUUGCCGGUUUCUCUCUCUCUCUUUCCCAUUCUUUUUUUUUUUUUUUUUUUGGUUGCCUGGGUCCAUGGAUUCUAUACUCGGGUUUCGGUUUCCGUCGAAAUGUUCAAAUUGGAACCCUAAUUUCAUGUUUGGUUGUCCAGAAAUUGUCUGAAAGGGAAAAAAAAAAAAAAGAACAAAAAAACAAAAAAAACGAAGUAAAAGCUUUCAACAUUUGAAAUUUGCGAGUCUUUAUGAAGGAGAGGCUUUACUUGAUGCCACUCUUUGACUUCGUUGACGUGAGUUCUACUUAUGUUUCUCGUGAACUGGAACAGCUUGUAAAUCAAGAUUCGAGGUUUUCCUUUUUCUUCAAUUUUCUUUACGACCAAACACGGGGUAGUUAGUUGUUUUUCUUUUUUCUUUUUUUCUUCUUUUUUUCUUUGAAUACAAGAAGAAUCUCUUUUUUCGGAGAUUGGGAGCGAAAGCAAUGGACUCUGCUCAUGGUUUUACUUCGUUGAUCCAAUUGGGCUUAUCAUCACCUUCUUCAUCCUUUUCACUCCACCGGCAUCCAAUUUUCGCUCCUCCAAUCUGCCAGAAUCUCGCGGGAAGAUUCUAUCCUAGGGUUUGUCCCAUAAUCUAUUGCAGACACCAAAAUCCAUACUUCAUCGUCACAAAACAGAGUAAAUUCCGAGAAUUUAGGUUGUUCAAAUCGGUUGAGUUGGACCAGUUUCUGACCAGCGACGAUGAAGAGGAAAUGGGUGAGGGUUUUUUCGAGGCAAUUGAGGAAUUGGAGCGGAUGACGAGGGAACCAUCCGAUGUUCUUGAGGAAAUGAACGAGCGGUUAUCUGCCAGAGAAUUGCAGCUUGUGCUGGUCUACUUUUCUCAGGAAGGUAGGGACUCAUGGUGUGCACUAGAGGUGUUUGAGUGGCUUAGAAAAGAGAAUAGGGUCGAUAAGGAGACCAUGGAGCUUAUGGUUUCGAUAAUGUGUAGUUGGGUUAAGAAGCUGAUUGAGGAGGAGCGUGAUGUGGGUGAUGUAGUUGACCUACUUGUGGACAUGGAUUGUGUUGGUCUGAAGCCAAGUUUUAGCAUGAUGGAGAAGGUGAUAUCUUUGUACUGGGAGAUGGGUGAGAAAGAGAGAUCGGUUCUGUUUGUGAAAGAGGUUUUGAGACGUGGAAUAGCUUGUUCGGAGGAUGAUGGAGAUGGACACAAGGGAGGGCCUACUGGAUAUCUUGCUUGGAAAAUGAUGGCUGAGGGGAACUAUAUGGGUGCUGUCAAGUUGGUGGUCAAUAUAAGAGAAUCUGGGUUGAAGCCAGAAGUUUACAGCUACCUCAUUGCCAUGACUGCUGUGGUUAAGGAGCUGAAUGAAUUUGCAAAAGCCUUACGCAAGUUGAAAGGUUUUGCAAAGGAUGGGCUGGUAGCUGAAGUUGACACAGAAAAUGCUGGGCUUAUCAAGAAGUAUCAAUCAGAUCUUCUAGCUGUUGGAGUACGCUUGUCCAAUUGGAUUACUCAAGAGGGAAGCUCUUCACUCUCUGGGGUGGUUCAUGAAAGGCUCCUUGCCAUGUAUGUUUGUGCUGGUCGUGGACUUGAGGCCGAAAGACAAUUAUGGGAAAUGAAACUUGUGGGUAAGGAAGCUGAUGGGGACCUUUAUGACAUUGUUUUAGCCAUUUGCGCAUCCCAAAAGGAGGCUAGUGCCAUAGCAAGGUUGCUCACUAGAUUGGAGGCUACGAGCUCUCUACGCAAGAAAAAAAGCCUUUCAUGGUUGUUAAGAGGUUAUAUUAAAGGGGGACAUUUCGAUAAUGCUGCAGAAACGGUAUUUAAAAUGCUUGAUUUGGGUUUGCCUCCAGAGUAUUUGGAUAGGGCAGCUGUGUUGCAGGGUCUACGAAGGAGGAUCCAUCGAUCCGGUGGCUUAGAAACCUACCUCAAGCUUUGUAAGCGCCUUUCUGACAACAAUUUGAUCGGACCUUGUCUUCUAUAUCUGUAUAUAAAGAAAUAUAAGCUCUGGAUCAUAAAAAUGAUUUGAAGAUAUAAUAGAUGGUUAGAUCAAGAUAUAAUAGCACCUAGAACCUAAUUUCUGGGUGCUUUUUGCACGUUAAUUUUGUACAGUUUUUGUAUCGCUAUUAGCAGUAAAGUUGUAUGUGUGAACAAUGUCCUGGGAAGACCAACCGAAUUAUGUAAAAAUUGUUCUCCCAUGUAUUGUUUAUGAGAUCGAAUAUUUGUAUUUGCUACUGUAAACUGUAAUAAAGCUUCAACAUAAUGUAACUAUACUUGGUAUGAAUUGCGCAGUA